ACUAUCGAAUGACAUUUGGGAAUUUCCUAUGUCAAAUAGCAAAAUUGUUCCUGCAUUGUUAAUAAGUUACUAUCAUCUUUCUGCGCAUUUAAAACGCUGCUUUGUUUAUUGUUCAUUGUAUCCCAAAGAUUAUCAAUUUGAUAAGGAUGAAUUAAUCUUGCUAUGGAUGGCUGAAGAUCUUUUGCGACCUCCAAAGAGGGGAGAGACUUUAGAAGAAGUUGGUUGCGAGUGUUUUGACAACUUAGCUUCAAGAUUAUUUUUCAAGCAGGUCAAGAAUGAUGAUGAGAAGUAUUUUUUGAUGCAUGAUCUCAUGCAUGACUUGGCAAUUUUUCUAGCUGGAAAAUUUUAUUGUAGAUUGUCAGAAGGACUUGGUGAAAAGGAAGAGAUGAGUAUUCUAACUCGUCAUUUGUCACACGAUCAUUCAAUCUCUAAAACAAUUCGUUCCUCUAAUAAAAUAGAAUCUUUGAGGACAUCAUUGCAUAUCAAUAAUGGACGUCGGCUCCAGAAGGAAUGCGCAACGUUACAGUGGGACAUAUUGUCAAAGAAUAAAUACUUGAGAGUUUUAUCCUUUGAUAUACUCAAUAUAUUUCCUAAUUCAAUAGCAAAAUUGAUCCAACUGCGCUACUUGGAUCUCUCUAGGAGUAAAAUUGAGGUAUUGCCACAGUCAUUAUGCAACUUGUGCAAUCUACAAAGUCUAAAGUUACGGGAGUGUUGGUCCCUAACUAUGCUGCCUAGUAGCAUAGGUGAACUGAUCCACCUACGCUAUUUGGAACUCUCUGGAAGUGCUGUUAAGACACUGCCUGAAUCAUUGUGCAAGUUGUGUAAUUUACAAACACUAAAGCUAGAAGAUUGUUCAAAGCUGACUAUGCUGCCCAAUGGCAUGUGUAAUCUUGUGAGUUUGCGGCAUCUUGAUAUAAGGAAAACUCCUCUUAAAGAAAUGCCAAAAGGAAUGAGCAAAAUGAAACAAUUGCACAUUUUAAGCUACUAUAUGGUAGGCAAGGAUGAAGUCAAUGGAAUUCAAGAGUUAGGAGGACUUGUAAAUCUUCAUGGAUCAUUUGAGAUUCAGAAAUUGGAGAAUGUUGGUGAUGUCAAUGAGGCAAGGAGUGCAAGGAUAAUAGAUAAGAAGCACAUUGACGACUUAUUGUUGGAAUGGUCUUCAGGUGAUGAUGUGGUUUCAGACACAGAAACUGAAAGAGAUAUACUCCACAACUUGCAACCGCACAGUGGCUUGAAAAAGUUUACAAUCAAGGGAUACAAAAGUAAAUUAUUUCCUGAUUGGAUUGGGCAUUCCUUCUACCAAAACAUGACAAAUGUGUCUCUGAAGUCUUGCAAGAAUUGCUGCAUGCUGCCUUCACUUGGACAGCUGCCAUCUCUUAAGUCCCUAAGCAUUCAAGGUUUUGAUCAACUCAAGUGUGUUGGUGAUGAGUUUUACCAGAAUGAAGACGAUCAUUCUUUGCAUAUUGCUCCUUUUCCCUCACUAGAGAGAUUGGAAUUUAAUUAUAUGUCAUGUUGGGAGGAGUGGCACUUACCUGAAUCAAAAGCUUUUCCUCAGCUUAAGUGGCUUCGAAUAACAAAUUGUCCAAAGUUAAAGGGAGAUAUGGUUAAUCCCAUAUUAAUGAGUAUCAUUUCUUCCUCAUCGGAUGCUUCGAAAGUGCGCAAAGUGCAAAUACGAGAAGAUUACCCAGGAUUAGAUAUAGGUACAUCACUUCAUGGGGAUACUGUAUCAAUUAGGGGAUGUCAAUCAUCUGUGGAGUGUGCAAUUAAAGCAAUGAUCAGCAUCAACCAUCUAACUUCCCUCCAAGAAAUAGAAUUCUUAGGGUGUUGGUCUGUUGUAUCCUUGCAGGGAAAUUGUUUACCCAAAUCUUUGCAAAAACUCACAAUCGAGUGUUACAGUGAACUGGAAUUACUCCAGCAGCAAGAGAAGUAUGAUUUGGUAGAGCUACAAAUAAAAUACAGCUGUGAUUCACUAUCCUCUUUCUUGUUGGAUGCCUUUCCCAAACUCAAGAUUCUUGCGUUUCGAGAGUGUAAGAAUCUGAAAUCAGUUUCAAUGUCAGAGCCAUCACAUGCUGCUCUUCAAAGUCUCUACAUCUUUUAUUGCACCAAAUUAGUGUCAUUUCCAGAAGAAGGACUGGCUGCACCCAACAUGACUCAUCUCUGUGUCAGAGAUUGCCACAAGUUGGAAGCAUUGCCUCGUGGCAUGAAUAGUCUUCUUCCAUGUUUACAGUCUCUCGACAUUCGAGGUUGUCCAAACAUUACUAGUUUGCCAGAGGGUGGUUUGCCAUCUAACUUGAAAGAGCUUAGUGUGGGAGCUUGCGAGCAACAGUUGAGUAAUCUAUCAUGGAUGGGCAACUUGGACACCCUCACUCAUCUCACUGUUGAUGAUACUUGGUGUGAGAGCAAAAUAAAGUCCUAUCCAGAGGCGGGUUCGCUGCCUCGCCUUCCCUCCCUUACCACUCUAAAGAUCAGUUCACUUUGUAAACUGGAGACAUUGGAUUGCAAACAGCUUCUCUGCCUAACCUCCCUCCAACAAUUACACAUUAGGUAUUGUCCAGAGCUGGAGAAUAUGGCGGGAGAAAAGCUUCCUUCCUCCCUCUUACUACUCAAAAUCGAGAGAUGCACAUUGCUGGGAAAACACUGCAAGAACAAGCAUCAACAAAUUUGGCCCAAAAUUUCCCACAUCCCUGAGAUUAAAGUCAUUGAUUAAGAGAAUUUUUGAAAGAAAGAUUUCUGAGCAGGUAGCUUGUGUACAUAUCAAGAUGUAAUCCUAUACACUGGCUGCAUAUCUUCAUUUAAUUCUAAGUUCAUUUGAAGUGGUAAUUAAGUUGGAUUGAUGCGUUGGGAACCAGAAACUAUGUUUUCUGAUUUUUGGCUUCAUGUUAUUGAAAAGCAAAGACAUGAUGGAGGAAGUUGGAGUGAUAUUCAUUAUUGAAAAGCUUUUGUUGUUGCUGGAGAUACAUUGGGAACAGGAAGUACAUUUGAGGUUUAGUAACCAACCAUAUCUAAAUUAUCUUCAUUCAAUCCAAAGUUCAUCAGAAGAGGUGCUCUGUAAUUUUAGCUUCAGGUUGGUAUAGUUACUUUAUUCCUGCUUACAAUUUACUUUUCCCAUUUUUGAUGGGAGAAACAAAAAGACAUGAUGAUAGCUUGAUUUGUGAAGGAAUUAGUGACAUGUAGUUCAGGGAAAGAUUAUGUUUCUUCCUUUCCCAUUGUUUAAUGUAUAUGCUAAACUAAAUGUACUAUAAAUAUAAACUUAAUUUUGGUUCUUUAAAUACUGCCAAAGCUGUUACAAUGCCAAAACUGCAAUUCAAUGGUGGAGUUUGUAAAUUUAAACAAGUUCUUUAACAUUUCUAAUGCAUUCAAGUUUAUUACAUGAAUUUAUAAAUACACCUGUAAUGUGGUUAUUCAUUAAUAAAAUCUGUUAUCAAA